AUAGUGGAUAUCGGAUAUCGACGUGUCGUACAUACCGUCAAAUAUAUUUUUUAAUGUAACGUCAUAUCACGUCAUAUGCACUGUGACGUUUCCACAAGUCGAGAUCAAAGCUGGUGAUGGGAGAGAGAACGUGGAAAGAUUGGAGACCUUUCGUGUACGGAGGUUUAGCUUCGAUCGUUGCAGAGCUGUGUACUUUUCCCUUAGAUACGACAAAAACACGAUUACAAGUACAAGGCCAGAAAUAUGAUCAAAAGCUUGCACGUUUAAGAUAUUCUGGCAUGAUUGACGCUUUAUUACAAAUAUCCAAACAAGAAGGAAUGAAAGGUUUAUAUUCUGGGAUUAGUUCUGCCAUCUUACGACAAGCGACAUACGGAACUAUAAAGUUUGGAACUUACUAUUCACUCAAAAAAGUUGCGAUAGAUACAUGGGCAACGGGGGAUUUAGUCACAAUAAACAUUGUUUGCGCAGCGUUAGCUGGAGCUAUGUCAAGCGCAAUUGCCAAUCCUACUGACGUAGUAAAAGUUCGUAUGCAAGUAACUGGCAAUGAAACAAAUGCAUCGCUAUUUACUUGUUUCCAAGAUGUAUAUAGACAUGAAGGUGUUCGCGGGCUUUGGAGGGGUGUUGGACCAACUGCUCAACGAGCAGCCGUUAUCGCGGCUGUAGAACUACCUAUAUAUGACUAUACCAAGAGUAAAUUUAUGAAUGUGUUGGGAAAUAGCGUUAGUAAUCAUUUUGCAUCUAGUUUUAUAGCUAGUAUGGGGAGUGCCGUAGCUUCGACGCCUAUAGACGUAAUUCGUACCCGACUGAUGAAUCAAAGGAGAGUACACAUGGUUGGCACGAAGCCUUCGUCAUACAUUUACAGUGGCAGUAUGGAUUGUUUGGUUCAGACGAUUAAAAAUGAAGGUAUUCUGGCCCUGUACAAAGGUUUUAUCCCGACGUGGUUCAGAAUGGGACCGUGGAAUAUUAUAUUUUUUAUUACUUAUGAACAAUUAAAACAGUUGUGAUGCGUCGUUGGUAUCGUAUCGAAUCUUCAAAUUCUUCAUCACAAAAUAAGAUCUGGAAAUACAUUUCAGCAUAAACAUCAUUAUAUACAUUACACUAUAAGUUAAUCUCACGUGGAUGCAACUUAGUUGUGAUUGUGAAAGUAACUGUUGAUUAGUUAUCUUAAUGCGAUAUAAAAUAAGUAAUACUUGAAAUGUAUAAACAACGUAGAUAUAGCACUCUUCAGAGUUAAUGUAAUUCUAGAAAUAGAUAUAAGAAAAAGAAAGUAAACAGGAAAGUUCAAGAGCUUCCCAAAGUACAAGCUUCCACAAAUAUUUUUAGUUGUUAAACGUGUUACACUUUCAUACAUUGUGAUGAUUUCAUAUGUAUGUUACUUCGAUUAUCUCGAAAUUUUGACAUAAAUUCUAUUCUGCACAACGUUCUUGAAUCUUGUAAAUAUAAAUCAGUAACGAACAUUCUACAAAGUGUUAAAAUACCAUAUAUAGAAACAAAAGUUCGAGGUUCCUGUUUGAUUUGCAAUGUUUUAUACAAUACUAGUCAUUGUUAUCUAUAGGAAUAUAAUAAUGAAUCAUUUUACUUCAGUAUUUUUAUAUAGCAUUUAUUGUCAUGUUUCUGGCAUACACGCUAGUCACUUUGAGAGAUUCUUGUGAACGUAAUAUAAGAUAUUGUACGAGUCCAAAAUCCAUCUAUUAAUUUUAUGAAUAAUAUUGAUAUUGUACAAUAUAAAAUGGUCAAUUUAAUUAAUUCUUUUAAAAUUUUAAUUAGCGUACAUUUUAUGAAUGUUGCAGUCAAAAUUUACGUGUUUACACAGCACGUAUACAAAAUGUGUAUAAAUGUAACUUGAUCUAUUUUAAUUUUUUAUUCUGUGAAAUAUACAUUAAUCUGUAUGCACGCACGCGCGCGCGCGCGCACACACGCACACACAUAUACGUACAAAUUUUUAUGCUGUGUAUAAAAAUGUGUAUGUUUAAUAUUCAGUACUCGCAUUUUAAGUACUACCCAUUUUGCAACAUAAACUCUUACGAGUUGAUGACUUUGUAUUAAAUACAAUGAUAUUACAAUAGCUUAUUACAAUACGAAAUUAUUUAUUUUUUUGUCAAGGUAGAAAGACUGAUGUAUAGUCGAGAAUAAUAUUCCACUAAGAAAAAGUGAAAUGUAACAUUACAUAUCACCAUGUAUACAAUAUAUAUUAUAUAAAUUACAUCAAAAUUUUAA